UUUGACCCCAGUGGCAGUCCCUGUCACUGCACCGCUCGCGCUCCCUUCGCUCGCCGCGCCCUCGCUGCCUCUCCUCGCCCCCUCGCUCGUUCUCUCCCCAGAUCGAGGCUGCUCCGGUCCUCUCCACCUCCCCCCGCAGCGACCCCGCGUCCCGCUCGCACCGCGCCCCUGUGCCGCCCUCCCAGGCCCUGGAUCGGCGGCGGGGACCUCCGGGGUCGAAGGUUCUGGCCCGCCCGCGCCCCUCGCCCCUGCCGCCCCCAGCGCUGUUCCGAGCCGGCUCUGGUGGCUUGGCGAUGGCUCGCCCGCACACCGGGCGCUGAAGGCAUCCCGGGGAUCCGGAGCGCAGCCCGGGAAAGAACGCACAGUGGUAUUGAUGAGUAGAUCCUUGGAUUCAGAGGUUGGCUGAAACACAUCAUGCCUGCUUCCAGCUUUUGCUCCGGAGAGUUGUGAAUUGCUAAUGCCUAUAGGGAGGAAGGAUGGCACAUGGGAUUCCUUCUCAAGGCAAAGUUACCAUAACGGUGGAUGAGUAUAGCUCAAACCCCACCCAGGCAUUCACACACUACAACAUCAACCAGAGCAGAUUCCAGCCGCCACAUGUACAUAUGGUCGACCCCAUCCCAUAUGACACUCCAAAACCAGCGGGCCACACGCGGUUUGUCUGCAUCUCAGACACACACUCCAGAACAGAUGGUAUCCAGAUGCCUUAUGGGGACAUCCUUCUCCACACAGGCGAUUUCACCGAGCUGGGACUGCCCUCAGAGGUUAAGAAGUUUAAUGACUGGUUAGGAAACCUGCCAUAUGAAUAUAAAAUUGUGAUUGCCGGGAAUCAUGAACUGACAUUUGAUAAGGAAUUCAUGGCAGACCUCGUUAAACAGGACUACUACCGUUUCCCUUCUGUGUCCAAAUUGAAACCAGAGGACUUUGACAAUGUUCAGUCCCUCCUGACAAACAGUAUUUACUUGCAAGAUUCAGAGGUAACCGUGAAGGGAUUCAGGAUAUACGGUGCACCCUGGACCCCGUGGUUUAAUGGAUGGGGCUUUAACCUACCCAGAGGCCAGUCUCUGCUGGACAAAUGGAACCUCAUCCCUGAAGGCAUCGACAUACUCAUGACACACGGACCUCCUCUAGGUUUUCGAGACUGGGUUCCAAAGGAGCUUCAAAGGGUGGGCUGCGUGGAGCUCUUAAACACAGUCCAGAGGCGCGUCCGGCCCAAGCUCCAUGUGUUCGGUGGGAUUCACGAAGGGUAUGGCAUCAUGACCGACGGUUACACCACCUACAUCAAUGCCUCAACCUGUACAGUCAGCUUUCAACCGACCAACCCUCCAAUCAUAUUCGACCUUCCAAACCCACAGGGCUCCUAAAGUGCUCAACAUCCCAUUGGAAUGUGAGGGACAGUCUACAAACUGCCAUUGGAAUGUGAGGGACUGUCUACAAACUGCCACUUUUCUAAUUAUAAACUCACAUUCUCUGACUUGUUUAUUUCCAAAUCCUGUGAGUUCUUUUUGUAAAUUGUCGGAACAGGAGGGAAAAAAAAAAGAUGCUUGAGUUGUGCCGCCUCUUUUUGCUUUUUUGAGUGGGGCAUCCAUUUGAAAUCAAAGGAGCAUUGUGAAUUUGUAAAAUGACUUCUGUUUGCUCAAAGGCCACGCCAUUGUAAAUUGUUAGUGUUUGCCAAAGGACAGCCAAGCUUUCUUUUAAAAAAAAAAUGAUGAUUUAAAAAAGUCUUAUUUGAAUAUGCUUUAAGCUGAAAGGAAAAGAUUUUUAAAGAGAGAGAGAGAAGAGAGAAAGAAACACAAAGGCAGUGUUUUGAAAAUCACCCAGAUUUGCACAACCCCGAGUAUUGUUUGAUAAAUUUUAAUUUUCAGUGUUUUGUUGUUGUUUUCUUGGUAUUGCCUCAUUUUUAUUUUACAGAUGUGGCCCCAAUUUAGAGCAAUCCCUACAGAAGUAGGUUUGGAAAAACCCUAGCUUCACUCUGGCUAUAAAGAAGACUGUGUCCGAGGUGGUGGAAGAACAGCCCUCAUGCAGAGGCUUAGCCAGAGAGAGCCGUAUCAUGAUGCUACCAACUCUCACACUGUUUGUUUCUUUUAAAUUAUUUGAGCUUUAAAAAUAAGGAAACAAGAAUCUGUCAAGAGGUAGUCAUGCAAGGAAAAAAGGAAGUGUGCAGACUCCUUUUCAAUAUGAAUUUAUAUAUAUAUAACUAUUUUUUGUGCGUUACGACUCAGUUGGGAGUUUAAUCUUGCCAAGGACAGUACAACUGCAAAGCAACAUUGGCAGCAGCACAUCAGACGUCCGAAGGAACUGACCCAUACUUUCUGCGAACUCAAGGUCUUAAAGAGCUUGAGUUCAGUCUAGGUACAGUAACCAGUGUGUAUAGACUUCAUCGGAUGCAUCGGAAGCGAACUCAAUAAGGCUUAGUUGUCCUUUCUAUUUAAAUGCCCUGCAUCGUCUUCUCACUCCCCCUCCCCCUCCCAUUUUGCACUGUGUGUUGAUGCAAUCUUCGCUAGCACAAAAUAUUGUUGCUAAUAAUCUUUUCUGGUCUCCCAUUGUCGACGCCGUUGAGCGCUAUUCUAUUUUAUGUUACCUUCAAAUUUAGGAAAAGCAGUUGUUUUCUUUAAAUUUAUUGUGAUAUUCUAUAUCUAGCGGCCUUUAUAUGCAAAUAAAAUUGCAAGAUU